AUGUCAACUAAAAUAAUAACAACAUUAGGACCUGCUAGUGGGAAUCCUGAAGUUUUAAAAUAUUUCAAAGAACAUUCGGUUGAAAUAGCUCGUUUAAAUGGAUCUCAUGGUAUUAUUGAAGAACAUUUACGUAUAGCUAAACUAGCUACUAAUGCUGGAUUGGAUUUAAUGCUUGAUUUACCCGGACCAAAGAUUCGUUUAGGAGAAAUACAUGAUAAAUUACUAGCAGUAAAAACUGGUGAAAAAGUCAUUAUUGAAAAAGAACAAGAACAUAAAGAAAACAACUUAAAAACUCUUCCAUGUCAAUUUUCAAUCGAAAAAUAUACUAAAAUAAACGAUAUUGUCUAUAUUGAUGAUGGUAAAUUACAAUUUCGUGUAAUUAAAAUAGAAAAAAAUCGUAUACAAGUAGAAGCACUAAAUAGUGGCCCAGUUAAAAGUCAUAAAGGUGUUAAUUUACCUUAUGGUACAAUUGAUAUAGAUUUUCUUACUGAAAAUGAUCAUCGUCUUAUUGAAAAAUUAUUACCUAUAAUAAAACCUAAAUAUGUAGCUACAUCAUUUGUUAAAACUAUCGAUGAUAUUUAUCGUUUGAAAACAGCGAUUCAAAAUUCUCUACAUAAUAUAAAAAAUUAUUAUCCUAAAAUCAUAGCUAAAAUUGAAAUGGCUGAAGCUAUUGAACCCGUUAAUAUAACAAGUAUUAUUAAUGAAUGUGAUAUGAUUAUGAUUGCACGUGGUGAUCUAGCUCUUGAAACGACACCAGUACAUAUUCGUGUACCAUUUAUACAAAAUGAUUUAGUUCAACGUUGUCAAAUACAAAAUAAACCAUUUAUAAUUGCAACACAAAUACUUGAAUCAAUGAUAACAUGUCCUGUACCAACUCGUGCUGAAGUUUCAGAUCUUUAUCGAGCAGUUGUUUUAGAUAAAGCCAAUUAUAUUAUGUUAUCGGGUGAAGCAGCUGUUGGACAAUAUCCAAAAGAAUGUGUUACAAUAAUGCAUGAUCUUAUUCAAUAUAAUAAAAUACAAACUGUUCAUACUAAUAAAAAACUAAAGACUAAAACAAUUGAAAAAAAAAUAACAACUAAAAGAAAUCUUUCUAAAAUAAAACGUAAAAGAAUUUAA